AUGCGAGGAAACGACACGUCUCUCAGCGACUUUUCAGAGAUGUGGUACGGCGUGUUCCUGUGGGCCGCCGUGUCCUCGCUGGUCUUCCACCUGCCGGCCGCCCUGCUCGCCCUCGCCACGCUGCGCCAGCACAAAACGGCCCGCUUCAUCCCCAUCGCCAUCCUCCUCAUGGGCAUCGUGGGCCCCGUCUGUGGGGGAGUGCUCACCAGUAAGUAA